AUGGUCGCAGCCGCCAACGGUACCAUCAACAAACCUCUUGCCUUCUGGAAUAGCUUACGAGUGUGUGCCACACCACUAUUACUAAUCAGCGCAGAGCCUACCGACUUUACGUUUACCGCUGCUGUUGUACCAACAGAUAGAGAAUGUUGGCCAGGCAGGACUCGUACGAGGAACCGCCCAGAGAAAGACUCGGUAUCUGUGACGUGGCUGCAAGGAGCGCAAAAGAAUAUGUGA